AUGAGUCUCAUCAACGUUCGCCGUGAUGUCACGGACGUCUUCUAUCGCUACAAGAUGGAGCGUAUCCAGACCAAGAUCGAGGGCAAGGGCAACGGUAUCAAGACCGUCGUGCCGAACCUGAGCCAGGUCGCCCAGCAGCUGGCCCGCCCGGGCGCCUACCUUAUCAAGUACUUUGGCUUUGAGCUCGGCGCCCAGACCAACAUUGACCCGCCUGACGACCGCUGGAUCAUCAACGGCGCCCACGAGGCCGCCAAGCUCCAGGACUACCUCGACGGCUUCAUCACCAAGUUUGUGCUCUGCAAGAAGUGCCAGAAUCCCGAAACCGUGGUCCAGAUCAAGGACGGCCACAUCACGCUCGAUUGCAAGGCCUGCGGCCAGCGCUCCGAUGUCGACCUGCGUCUCAAGCUGAGUGGCUACAUUAUCAAGAAUGCUCCGAAGAAGGGCAAGAAGGACAAGGCCGAGCGCAAGGCCGCCCGCAAGGCCAAGCAGAACGGGACGGCGGGCAAGGAGAACGGCGACGCUGCCGGCAGCGGCGAAGACAACUCGGGCUCCGGCAAGGACAGCGGCGACAAGGACAACAACGGCAUCCCGGCCGGCACCGACGACGAGGCGACUGCCUCGCCUGCGGUUGUCAACGCCACCGAGUCCGUGGAACCCAAGAACGUCGAGUGGAACGUCGACAUGACUGAGGAGGCCAUUAAGGCGCGUGCCAAGGCCCUGCCCGACGACUUCAAGCAGAAAAUGAUGCUUAACGGCGGCGACGACGACGACGAGGACGGCGAGGGCGGUGGCAACACCAUCUACGACCAGCUCGGCGAGUGGAUCCAUCAGCAGGCCGAGGAGAAGGGCAGCAUCGACAAGGUCGAUGACGUCGACAUCUACCUCAAGGCCCGCGACCUGGGCAUCGAGUCCAAGCACCGCACUGUUCUGGUCCUGGUCCAGACUCUCUUCAACGAGAACAUCCUGGCCCAGAUUCCCAAGCGUGCCGGCAUGCUGAAGAAGAUCGUCACCUCUGAGCGCCACGAAAAGGCCCUGCUGGGUGGUACCGAGCGCCUCAUUGGUCUCCUGAUCAAGGACCACCCGGACAUGGUGGACAAGGUGGUCAAGAUCCUGCACCUCUACUACAACGCCGACCUCAUCUCUGAGGAGGUCGUCAACAAGUGGGGCACCAAGGCCAGCCGCAAGUACACAGACCUGUCCGUGUCCAAGAAGGUCCGCAAGGCUGCCGAGCCUUUCCUGACUUGGCUGGCCGAGGCCGAGGAGGAAGAUUCCGACGAAGAGGAGGAGGACGAGGAGGAUGACGAGUAA